GAUCGCCGUGGUGAGCUGUGCGUGGGAUAGGAGACAGGAAAGGUUCGGCGGCCGGCCGCGUCCUGGAUACAAGAAUGGAACUCAAGCACAUUAUAAAGGCCUUCAUUCUUGCAAAUAUUCUAUCAGUAGGCUUCGCAACCUUCGGACAUGAGCAUGUGCAUAUAAGGAUACAUUUGCCGGAGCAACACCACCAUGACGAUCAUGGCGGAGGCGGUUAUGGAGGUGGAGGUGGAGGAGGGGGUUAUGGAGGUGGCGGAGAUGAUCAUCACAUAGCUGUCUCCGGUCCUGGCGGAGGUUUCGGAGGGGGUCAUGGAGGUGGUUAUGGAGGAGGCGGUGGUUUCGGAGGAGGUCACGGAGGAGGAGGUGGCUUCGGGGGAGGUUUUGGAGGUGGCGGUCAUCAUGAUGGAGGUGGAGAUGUCAUCAUAGAUCAUGGCGGUGGCGGUGGCGGUGGUCACGGAGGAGGCUACGGUGGAGGUGGUGGCGGUUUUGGCGGUGGCCACGGAGGAGGAUUUGGAGGAGGAGGAGGUGGCGGUAUCAUCAUACACGAUGAUCACGGUGGCGGUGGCGGUGGCGGCGGUUAUGGAGGUGGUCACGGCGGGGGAUUUGGAGGAGGGGGAGGAGGUGGUGGCGGUAUCAUCAUACAUGAUGACCAUGGUGGCGGUGGCGGUGGCGGCGGCGGCGGUUAUGGAGGUGGUCACGGCGGGGGAUUUGGAGGAGGGGGAGGAGGUGGUGGCGGUAUCAUCAUACAUGAUGACCAUGGUGGCGGUGGCGGUGGCGGCGGCGGCGGUUAUGGAGGUGGUCACGGCGGGGGAUUUGGAGGAGGGGGAGGAGGAGGAUACGGCGGCGGUUUUGGCGGAGGACACGGAGGUGGAAGCGGUAUAAUCAUUGAUCACGGAGGACAUGGAGGCGGCGGGGGAGGUGGCUUUGGGGGUGGUCACGGCGGAGGUUUUGGAGGAGGUGGAUAUGGUGGCGGCGGCGGCUUUGGAGGUGGUCACGGAGGUGGCGGAGGCGGCGGAAUCAUCAUAGAACAUGAUCACGGUGGAGGUGGCGGUGGCGGCGGCGGUUAUGGAGGUGGCCACGGCGGAGGAUUUGGAGGAGGAGGUGGCCACGGCGGAGGAUUUGGAGGAGGAGGAGGAGGUGGAUACGGCGGCGGUUUUGGCGGCGGACAUGGAGGUGGAGGUGGUAUAAUCAUUGACCACGGAGGACACGGAGGCGGUGGUGGAGGUGGCUAUGGAGGCGGCGGGGGAGGUGGUCACGGCGGUGGAUUUGGAGGAGGGGGACAUGACGAUUUUGGAGGCGGUGGUGGCGAUGAUCACCAUAUUGGCUCCAGCGGUUAUGGCAACGGUUUAUCUGAUUUUGGUACAAGUGGCGGUGGAAGCAGUUACAGUUCUGGAGGCGGCUUCGAUUCCUAUUCAAGUGGCCACGGCGGUGGCGGUGGCGGCGGUUACGGUGGUGGUGGUGGCGGCGGCGGCGGCGGUUACGGUGGAGGCCACGGGGGUGGUGGCUUCUCCGGUUAUCAUAAAAAAAAGAAAUAAGAGUGCUCGCACUGUGACCUAUAUGUUGGGCAUUGCAGACAUUUGUAGCUGCAUAUUGGUAUAACUUUAAUUAAUAUAUUUUCGAUUGAGCGAUAUAAAUUUUGAAUAAUCUUCAAUAGAAGUCGUAAUGCUGCCACUUUAAUUGUGUGCUAUUGUUUGAUUGUGUGAUAUACGAGAUAGUAUACGAGAGAGAAUUUAAUGUCUUUUUACUUUCUUUGUGUACCACAGUUGAUAUUGUGUAUAAAAUUUAGAUAUUUUUUUGUUCGCGGGCUUUUUAAUUUUUAUUAGAAAUUUCGGACAGAUAACGAUGCCAACGCGAAUACAUCGAACGAGACUAUUCUAAUGACUUUACAGUACAUUGUUAUGCGACAAAUAAAAACGUGAUGACGACAAACGCAACUGACAUGUACAUACGUAACUGAAAUUUAUACAAAGUCAUGGGACAAUGUUGCAAUCUUAUCAAUAUAGUCUCAUCAAAAAUAGUUUCUUUAAAUAAUAAGAGAAUAUAGAUCAAUAUGUAUGAAAACACAAUUAAUUAAAGAAUAGUCUUAUUCAGUCAUAGUUGUAACUUUGUGUUGAUAUUUUAUGCGUGAUUUUAUAUUCAUUUUCAAGUUCAUUAAAGUUUCUUUAAAUAUCUAGCCAGUCAGUAAAAACUUAAUCUACGAAAUAAGUUACUGUCUCUCUGUGGACUAUUAUAUAUUAUAAAAUAGACAUGGACUCGACUCAACAAAUACAUUUGUGACGCUGUGAAAACUACACUAGACUAUUUUUUCGAUUGUAUGCAGUAUAAAUACAGUCAAAUAUCGAUUAAAUGAACGUCGACUUAACUAGACUGAUUCUUUCGACAGAUUAAUAUUAUAACAAAAAAUCAUUACAGAAAUGAAUAUUCUGUGUAAAUAUUAUUUGAAUACUCGAAGUUAUUUGCGAUAAAUCACGAUUAUUACUUACAUACAUAUAUAAUGCAUUUAAAUUUCUUAUUAUAAUUCAAAUUAUGGAAUCUAUUAUUGAAACUUUACAGAAAUAGGUACAACAAAAAUUGGGAAUAUAUAUUAACAAUUUAAAUUCAAGUGAUCGUUAAAGCGGAUUCUAAGACACUUUAACUGCUUUGUGAUAAAAGCUGUUGAGCGUAUAUUGUAAUAAUUCGUGAUUUUUAAUACAUAUUUUUUUAAUAUUUUUAUACCUCAUUGUUAAACCCGGCACGCACCUCAAUUUAAAUCUCCACGUGCCUUGCUCACCAGCACUUUAGAGAUUAUACACAAUUUUUGCGAUCAAAGCAAAUAUUAUAUAAUGUUUUUGUACAUAUAAUAUACUUGUAAAUAGAGCAUUGUAUUAUGAUUAUCGUUUCAAUAAAGUUUUUGUACGUUUUUAAUA